AACUAUUGUGCUGGGUGACGCUGCUUCAACAAAGGAUGCCUUUCUCAAGCAAGGCGACGCGUUUUCAGGACGACCUGAUGCACCUAUAAUUGAAGUUAUAAUAAAGGAAAUCAUACCGGAUUAUGACAUUACAACUUCUAAUCAUGGGUUGGUGCUGUCUACGGGAAAACUGUGGAAGGAACAGCGUAAAUUUGCACUUGCAAAACUGCGAGAAUUCGGCAUGGGCAAAGUCAGUCUGGAGUUAAAGAUAAAGGAGGAAAUUUCUAUUCUUCUCGUUGCGAUCAAAGCCACAAAUGGUGAGCCAUUUGACCUCCAGCCACUUAUUACUACGAGCGUCUGUAAUGUGAUCUGCAACAUCAUGUGGGGAAAUCGAUUUGAUCAUGAUGAUGAACAAUUCAAGAUCUUGAUGAAAGCUUUAAAUGACGAGUUCGCAAACUUCGUUUCCACCGGCUUGCUAAAUUUCCUUCCGUGGCUGCGACAUAUUCCGCCCUUCCGGAAGCUUAUGCAGGACACAAUCCGCAAUGAAAGGCUGAUAUUUGAAGUUCUUAAGAAAAACCGGGAUCUUCACGUGGAGAAUUUUGACGCAGAUAAUAUCAGAGACUUUACUGAUGCCUACCAUAAUGAAAUACAGAUAGAAAAACAGAAAGGUCGCGAGACAACGUUUAAGGACGACGAACUAUUGUACGUUGUUUGGGAUCUGUUUAUGGCUGGAACAGAAACCACAUCCACGACCAUGCGAUGGGCAAUGUUGUUCAUGUUAAAACACCAGGAUGUAUGCAGAAAAGUGCAGGCAGAGAUAGACGACAUCAUCGGUAGAGGAAGACUACCAAAUAUGGCUGACGCGAACAAAAUGCCUUUUACGGAGGCGACCAUCAUGGAAAUUCAACGCCUGGGUAACAUAGUACCCCUUGGUGCUAUCCACGCUACGUCUGAGGAGGUCCAAUUUAGAGGUUAUACAAUUCCAGCAAAUACUGCUGUCAUGUCAAAUGUCACUGCCAUCACGAUGGAUCCUGCCUUCUUCUCAAAUCCUGACAAGUUUUGUCCUGAGAGAUUUCUGGACGAGAACGGACACGUCAUAAAGAACGAAGCCCUGAUGCCAUUCUCUGUCGGACGGCGAGUGUGUUUGGGGGAAUCUCUGGCCAAAAUGGAACUGUUCCUGUUCUUCACCAGUAUUCUGCAGAACUUCGACGUUAAGCUACCAGAUGGUGUGAUGGAGCCAUCAUUUGAAGGCAUUUUUGGUGUAACUUGGAUGCCUAAACCAUAUCGUAUUCGCAUAUGCGCACGGGAAUAGUAAAAGAAUAAGAUAAAACAGUAAAGUAGUGAUUAAUUAGAAUAUGAUAUGGCUUCACGACUAAUCAUUUCACGACGAUUUCACAUUUUAUCACAUUAUUAUAUAUUCCUAAAAAGUCAGGUUAUUGCAAGUGUAUGCGUAGAAAAAGAAACAAUAUAUACAUGCAAGAACGGCUCGUAUACCUGAAUAUAUGCGUAAAAUAAACCAAUCUUGAUGCAACAAUGUAAUACAUAAGAUAAUGCACCAAAUAUAAACGCAGGGAAUAAUCAAACAUCAGCAAAAUUAUUACAAUAUCAUUAUUGUAUGUGUAAAAUGAUCUAACGAUUCUCUCGUCUUACAUCGUAUGAAUAUGCAGAUAGUAACGCUAAUUACAAAAUCCAAAUGCUUGUUGAAUAAAUUGUGAGAGGGGAAACAUGAGAUUCCAAAGAACAACUCGUAUGCAAAAAAAAACAUUAAAAUACUGCCAAAGCUUUUAGGUAUUCUGCAAGAUCAAGAUUUUCUUGAGAACCAAUCCGAGAACAUCUUAUGGUAUACACUUAAAUUCGACUAAAGAUAAGAACAUAAAUAACUUAAUCAUGCUCGUGAAUGCCUUCCUAUUAGAUCGAUGGAACAUAUGUGUUAAAAAUAAUAACGAUAAUUGUAUAAAAAUAAAGAAUUUGUCUAUUGUUAAUUAAUAAA